CAAUGAAAUAGUAGUACUACUUUAGUAAGAGUAGUUACUUUUCCAUCCAUAGAGGCUACAGCCGUCCGAUUGUAGUUAAGUUGUAGAGAGAACAAAACCCAGAAUUCUCAGACAGUACUUAAACCAUUUUUUCUGCUUACGAUAACAAGUUUACAUUUGAGAAAGAAAAGAUUGAGACAUUUUCGGGGUGAUUUGAAAUUUGGGUUUUGUAAUUGAAGAAUUAGGGUUUGUAAAUUGUAAUUGCAUCUUUUUUAGGGAAGAGAUGACGGAUGUCAUACUACACGUUUACGAUGUGACUAACAGUGGUUCAGAAAAGACGAACAACACUAUUAUGCAGAUCAAUAUGAUCUUCAAAGAUGGUAUUGGUUUAGGCGGCAUUUUUCACAGUGCUGUACAGGUGUAUGGAGAAGAUGAGUGGUCUUUUGGAUACUGUGAGCAAGGAAGUGGAGUGUUUAGCUGCCCUGCUACAAAAAAUCCCAUGUAUACAUACCGUGAAAAAAUUGUUCUGGGACAAACAAAUCUUUCUAUCUUUAAGGUUAAUCAGAUUUUAAGGGAACUCAGUAGAGAGUGGCCUGGGUUCUCCUAUGACUUGCUAGCAAAAAAUUGCAAUCACUUUUGUGAUGAGUUAUGUGAAAGGCUUGAUGUUCCAAAACUUCCAGGUAUAAAACAUCGUGCCAGUUCUUUUAGUACUCCGUUGCUUCAAGAAUGAAGAACAUAUGAUCUUUAUCUACCAUUAUUAGGGGGCGUUUGGUUCGCACAAGGGAAUCGGAAUGGAAUGAGGAAAGGGAAUGAAGGAGAAAGGAAUGGAUUCCCCUAAUUUAGCCUAGUCGUUUGGUUGUGUUCAGGAAACGGAAUCAAUCCCUUUGUGACUGUUUGGUUCAAGUUGGAUUAAUUGAUUCCCUUUCAACAGAGAUUAGGAACAACCCAGAAAAGGAACAAAACAAUGGCGAAGAACUUCAAUUCACUCGAACAACAAAACGAUGUUCAUCAAUGGCGGUACAGAAAUCUAUGUAGAACAACCCAGAAAUCCAAUUCAUCCUACAAAUCCAAUUCAUCAAAAAUCAAAAACGCAACAGAAACGAAAUUACAACAAGAAUCAAAAACGCAGGCUUUCAUCAAUGGUGGUACAACACAGAUUCAACAAGAACACGAAGAAGAAUGGAGGCAGCAAAAUCGAGAUUGAGAAGAAGAGAAGAGAAGUUGAGGAAGAUGAACGAGGCGUGAACAGGUGAACGUGCCACCCCUCACUGAUGUUCACUGAGCGAAUCAGUUCGUUGUUCGCCUAUUCGCACUUCGCAAAGCCACUGCUGGCUGCUACUGCUGCUUCCGUGAACAGGUGAACGUGAAAUCAAGACCACCAGACCCAUCAACGCCGACGGCCCACCACCAAAUCAACCCACCUUCAAUUCAAGUUUUGUUUUUAUUUCAAGUUUCAAAUCUCUUUAUCUGUUCCUUGUCUCAUCGUCGUAGCCUCAACCGAGCAGCCGCCGCCAGCACCGGCCAAAUCAACCCAGCCGUCGCAGUUCAGGAAGGAUGGAGGCGCGAGGAAGGAGAAAUAUGGUGAGGAAGGAGGCGCGAGUGAGAAAGGGAAGGCAGCAGCUGUGGGGAAGGGAAUGGAAUGGGAAAGUGGAGGGGGAGGGAGGGAAUGAGGAUUACCUCAUUUUAGGUAAUCCAAAACCUUAAUAUGGGGAAAGGGAAUGAUUCUAACUGCGAACCAAACAACAUCAAAGGGAAUGGGGUAUUUCCAUUCCCUUUCCCUUUCCUUAAUACCCCCAACCAAACGCCCCCUUAAUAGUGAUGCCAAUUGCCAAUAUAGUGGAUUAAUUACCAUUAUUAAAUGAUCAUGGUUUGGGUGUGUGGGGAAAUGAUGGGUAGGAUUAGGAAGGCUGGGAAAUGGGCCCAGUCCAACUAUCCAUGUCCUUCAUCCACCAACCUUACUUUUCACCAGUAACUACUCUCAUUGCUUUUCACAUGUCAUAUUAUUAUCAAGGUAAUAGAAGUACUUAAUCUAAAAUUUGUCCAACAUAUGAUAUCACUAUUUUUUAUUGAUUAUUUAUUUAUUUAAUAUACUUAUAAGUAAUGAUAAAAAAAAGACGGAAAAAAUAAAAAAUAUGUAGAAAGAAUAAAGAAAAAAAAUAAAUAUGUCGAUAAUAAUAUGAGAAAAGAGAACAUGAAAUAACUUCAAAAUUGUAGUAAAUUCAUUGAAACAAAUGAUAUAUAUUAAUACAUCAUAAUCUUUUCCUUCCCUUGUGAAUGGUGUGAGCAAAAAUUACACAAAACUUUUUUUAAAAUUCAUUACAAAUUUUAGUUAUCUAUUUAACAGUUAUUGGAAGGACCGUAUGAUUAUUAUUUUUUACUAUUUAUGUUAUUGGUUGAAUGACUGUUUAUAGGGAUUUUAAUAUUUAGUGUUAGUUAUUUGUAGUAUUUUGUAAAACUCAUUACUAAAUGUUGAUUAAAAUAUAUUGGACAAACCAAAAAUAAUAAUAAUAAAAUAUUUGUAGCAAAUGAAUAUGAUUAGCAGCAAAUGAAUAUGAUUUUUUUUCCUAACCCUACGUUUCCAAUUACACGUGCUUUACAUUUCAACGCUAAGACAAUAUGGUUUAAAGUCUCAAUUAAAUACUCCAAAUUUCGAAAAUUUGAAUAAAAUAAGAUGUUUUAACAACUUAAUUUCAAAAAUAAGUUUCGUGAAAACUUAAUUUUCAAAAUAAGCGUCCGUAUAUCCAAACCUAGCCUUGGAGUAAGUCGUUAUUAGUAACAGCGACUUAAUGCGUUUUAAGGUUCCAGUUUUCAGUUACUUCCUCGUUCCAACCUAAGAGAUUAAAGAGUUCUCAGUUCUCAGCGACUUAUGGCUUUUAUUUAUUUAUUUAUUUUUUGUCUUUCGCUGUUAGUAACAGCAAUUUACUCCAAGGCUAGGUUUAAAUGUACGGACAUUUAUUUUGAGAAUUAAGUUGUUAAAUAAUCUUAUUUUAUUCAAAUUUCCCCAAAUUUCUACAUACAAUUUACAACUUUAAGCAAAAAGUCUAAAACUUACUCUUUUGAAACUCUUUCUUGAACAUAUGUGAAGUAUUUCAUCCAAAGUCUUGUUGGAAUUGCGUACAAAAUGGAGCUGGUUAACAAUAGGCGAAUAAAAGAAAGGUGAUUUUAUUUGACCAAGUUUAGUUUGUUCGCUAUAUAUAAUAUCGAACAAAAACUUUUUGACUGUAGUUGACUUUAUUAGAACAUUUUCUAUCUUGUUUGCUAUGCUAGCAGCUAACAAGCCCCCACCUUAAGCUCGAAUAAACAAACAAUUAUUUUAAAAACACAAAUUCUUGUGAGAGACGAUAUCUUUGAGAGACCAUCUCUAAUUGGAAAGGCCUAUUAUAUAUAUAUUUUUAAAAUAUUGUAAGUAGGCACUAAGAAUUAUUUUAAAAAUAUUGUAAGUAAACACUAAGAAUUAUGUAAGUAGACAUUUAAGAUAUUGAAAGUAGGCAUUAAGGAUACGAUACAUAAACAUUAAGGACAAUAUAAGUAGGCAUUAAAUAUACAAUAAGUGGGUAUUAAUCUUUAAUGAGCUGGACUCGAAAUAUGUCUCUCAGACUAGCUGUUUUAAAAAUUACUUAUUAAAAACUUAUCUUUAAAAUUUUUUAUUAUAAAAAAGCUAAAGUUAUCAAAAAAUAAUGAGAGACUAUCAAGUUCCGUUGACCAAAAGGCCAUAUCUUUGGGCCUUUGUCUAUAAGGUGAAAACAACACCGAUAAUUGAAAGAUUGAAAUAAAUAAGAUUAUUUAGCAUUUUAAUUCCAAGUAUAAGAUUGGGAUAAACUUAUGUCCCAAAAUAAGCUUUCGUACGUCCAAGUCUAGCCUCGGGUAAGUCGCUGUUAGUAACAGCGACUUAAGGGAAAAAAAAAAAAAAAAGUUGAAAGUCGCUGUUAGUAACAGCGACUUUUAGCUUUAUAAUUUUCCAGAAUCCUUCUUCCUCCUCACUUCAUUUCGCGAUUUAGUUUUUCUCCCGCAAUUCUCUACUUUCUCCUUCUUCAUUCGAACCUUGUAAGGAUCUUCAUUCCUUCAACUAAGGUCAUCAAGUUUCAAGUUUGUACCAGUAAUUAGUGCUGUAGUCUUCUUAGAUUGACCUAAGGUAAUUUUUUUUGGUUUUUUUUCAAUAUUCGAAAAA